AUAAAGACAACGGGAAAGGCGACCAUUCAGACACGUCCAAUGUUGAAAAUCAAUUUCAGCCGCCCAAGAGACUAACUUUGAAACGAAGGACAAGAACAGGAGGAUCAGUUGACAAAACUCCAAACAGUGUUCGAAAGCCGAGUUACCGAGCUCCAAGUGGCGGCGAAUCGCGACGGAAGUCUAAAAUUCUCUGUGAGCCAAACAGUCGCACACCCCGUGCAUCAGGUGUUUUACGCACAGGUAGCACCCGAGAUACGCUGGUCAAGCAUCCAGCCAGAGACACCUCUGCAAGUCGCACACCCGCACCUGCACACGUGCGUGAACGAGCCCUCAAGUUUGCAGAGAAACAACGCGCAGAGAUGACCACCAAAUCCGACAUUUCAAAGCCAGACGGCCAGGGCAGCAACACCGUCUCCACCCCUACCAGAACCACGCACUUCAGCAAAAUCAGCGCGAAGAAGGAAGUUUUCGAGCGUUUGGCUGGGAAGGACGCCAACAAACGAGUGCCCACCAAGUCUGCAAGCUUGGAGCGACACAUGACGCCCUCCCAGAUCACCUCAGCUGGAAGACCAGGGGCACCAAGGCCGACCAACAGGGCACCGAUCUCCACUAGGACGCCAAUCACCACCCCACGCACAGCACACACCAAAACAGCAUCCAGCAACGCCUCAGCUCCUGGUAAUGGAUCUUUGAGGUCCAGGCCUUCUUCUCCCACGGGUCUCAGUAAUGGAUCUUUGAGGUCCAGGCCUUCUUCACCCACAGCUCUUGGUAAUGGAUCUUUGAGGUCCAGGGCCUCUUCACCCUCGGCCAGGGAGUCUGUGUUGCAGGGUACCGAGCUGACUCAGGACUCCUUCAAGAUGGAGAACAGCGCAGUGACUGUGGCGGUCAGAGUGAGGCCUUUCAGUACAAGAGAAGAGAAGGAGAAGGCCUCCCAGGUGAUCUUCAUGGAGAACCAGGAGACGGUGGUGCAGCAUCCGGACUCCAAGCGCUACUCCUUCAUCUACGACUUCUCCUUCUGCUCGGUGGACGAGGCCGACCCCCACUUUGCCAGCCAGCAGGUGGUGUAUGAGCGGUUGGCACGGCCGCUGCUGGAGAGAGCCUUCGAGGGCUUCAACACCUGCCUGUUCGCAUACGGCCAGACCGGGUCGGGGAAGUCAUACACCAUGAUGGGCUUUGGAGAGGAGGCGGGGAUGACGCCACGCUUCUGUCAGGAGCUAUUUUCCAGGCUGCCCGACAACGACAAUAAAGAGAUCUCAUGUCACCUGGAGAUGAGCUAUUUUGAGGUGUACAAUGAAAAGAUCCACGAUCUGCUCAUCGCCAAGGACGAACAGAGCCAGAAACGGCUACCGCUGCGAGUGCGUGAGCAUCCAGUACAUGGACCCUAUGUGGCCGACCUCUCCACGAACGUGGUGGGCUCCUAUGCAGACAUCCAGGGCUGGCUUGAGCUGGGUAAUAAGCAGAGGGCCACUGCUGCUACUGGCAUGAACGACAAGAGCUCCAGAUCCCACUCGGUCUUCACGCUGGUGCUCACCCAGACCAAGACGGAGUUGGUGGAGGGGGAGGAACACGACCACACCAUCACCAGCCGCAUCAACCUGGUGGAUUUAGCCGGCAGCGAACGCUGUUCAUCCGCACAGACUACUGGAGACAGACUACGGGAGGGGGCCAGCAUCAACAAGUCCCUGUUGACCUUGGGAAAGGUCAUCUCGGCGCUGAGUGAACAGUCCCAGAACAGGAAACGCGUCUUCAUCCCGUACCGAGAGUCCGUCCUCACCUGGCUGCUAAAGGAGUCUCUGGGUGGUAACUCCAAGACGACCAUGAUUGCCACCAUCAGCCCGGCGGCCAGUAACGUUGAGGAGAGUCUGAGCACGCUCCGUUACGCCCAGCAGGCGCGCAUGAUCAUCAACAUCGCCAAGGUCAAUGAGGACACCAACGCCAAACUCAUCCGAGAGUUGAAAGCGGAGGUGGAGAAGCUCCGUGCCGUCCAGAUGAGCGCUCGGGGCAUUGAGCCUGAGAAGAUGCGGCUGUGCCAACAGGAGAUCGCAACACUCAAGAUGCAGCUCACUCAGCAGGAGAGAGAACUCGCAGAGGUGCACAGAGCUUGGAGGGAGAAGUUGGAGCAGGCAGAGAUGCGCAAGAAAGAGGAGACCAAAGAACUGCAGCGUGCUGGGGUGACGUUUAAGGUGGAUAACCGACUUCCCAACCUGGUGAAUCUGAACGAGGACCCCCAGCUGUCGGAGAUGCUGCUGUACAUGAUUAAGGAGGGAACCACAAGAGUGGGCCGCCUCAAGUCAGAGUCCGCUCACGACAUCCAGCUGUCUGGGGCGCUCAUCGCUGAUAAUCACUGUGUCAUUUCCAAUGUCGAUGGAACAGUCAGCAUCUUGCCCAUGGAGAAUGCCAAGACCUUUGUGAAUGGGAACCUUGUGUCCGAGGCCACUGUCCUGCAACAUGGUGACCGUGUGAUCCUGGGAGGUGACCACUACUUCCGCUUCAACCACCCAGCGGAGGUCCAGAGCGGCAAGAGAGCGUCCUGCUGGAGCAGCGCAGGGGCCGGAGACCCAGGACACAAGGACUUCGAAUACGCCAAGAACGAGCUGCUCGCCGCACAGAGGGCCAAGCUGGAGGCAGAGAUCGAGGAGGCUCGUCUGAAGGCCAAAGAGGAGAUGAUGCAGGGCAUCCAGGUUGCCAAGGAGAUGGCCCAGCAGGAGCUGACCAAUCAGAAGCAGCUCUACGAGGACCGCAUCAAAGCUCUGGAGAAGGAACUGGAAGAUGAGGCGGCACGUAAGCGUGCGCAGGCUUUAGAUCAGCAGCGGGUGGUCAGCAAGAUGGAGGAGCUGAAGACGGCCAAGAGCCUCCUGGAGCAGGAAGUCACCACGCACAAGAAACGCCUGCACAUGGAGGCCCAGGCCACACGACAGGCCAUGGCAGACCAUGAUGUGAGGCACGCCAAGAUCAUCGAGGCCCUGGAAGCUGAGAAGAGGAAGAUCGCUGACGAGUUCGCCGAAAUCCAGAGGAAACGAGCCAUGAGGGCCAAUCACACUCCAAGAGCCGUUCCAUCCACUAGCCACGCCCCUCCCCAGUGGGAUGCGAUGAAGUUGUCACUCAUGAUCGAGGAGGCCAACGCCAUCAGCAAGAAACUCAGGAAACACACCGUCUUCAGCAGGCAUGAGUCUGUGUCUGUGUCGGAGGAGGGUGGUGGUAAUGGUGAUGGUGAGCUGCAGGUGCAGGUCCAGAACACUAAGCUGGGCAUCGCCACCUUCUGGAGCCUGGAGAAGUUCCAAAGCAACCUGGCGGCCAUGAGGGAGCUCGACCAGGGGGAGAGAGCGUCUAAAGACGAUGACGUGUUUUACGACCCCAAUGACGAGUGGGAGCAGGACAUCUCGGCCUCCUCAAGCACCUCAACGCUGUCACGCAGGAGGAGCAGGAGUUUGCUGAAGGGCAGGAGGAUCUCUGGCCGGCUCUAUGAGAUCCGCGUCCACCCCAUCCAGAGCCUGCACAGCCCAGCACCUCAGGCCACAGUGGGUCUGAUGGGCACCAGCAAGCCCCCUUCCCAUUGCUCCAGCACCUCUGACUCCGCCCUCCCCGCCAUUACCAAGGACCUGAUUGGCCACAUGGUCGCCAGGUUACGGGAGUGUCACCAUGGUGAGGAGAGUGUGGCGGACAGGUUGACCUCUGACCUGUUGAGUCUUCAGGCUGCGGUGACGUCCAUCGCCACCCUCUACAACCAGCUGGACGACGACAGCCCUGACACCCUAUUUGGGUGCAGCGUUGAUGCCCAGACCCAGCUGAUGAAGGGUACCCUGGCUAUGGAGCGUGCCGUCAGCACCACCCUGAUCUGGGUGUCCAGCUCCAGGCCCAAUGGCGGCAGUGGUACAGGCAGUGCCAGGGGCAGCAGGCUGAGCGGAGGCCUCGUCUACAAGGCAGCAGAGGAGCUGAAGAGUGAGGUCAAGAAGAUCGGAGGAUAUUUCCAGCUGCUCAUACAGGGCUGCGACUCGGAGAUUACCUCCAUGGUAACGGAGGCGCAGAGCAAGAUUGCCCAGUGCCUGAGCGCGGUGCUGCGUGUGAUUGGUCAGUUCUCUGUGCUGUCGGGGACGGAGAUGCACGUGGUGGAGCUUGGUGCUGAUGCGGUCGCCAAGCGACCGCAUCUGGCCUACCUACUGGAUGGCACCUGUAAGGGCGUACGCGGACUCCUGGAGGACGGACUGAGCAUGAGCAGAGACAUGCUGAGAGAGGCACAGCUCAUGUACCCCAAAACACAGCAUUUGCAAAACCUCAAGACCAGAACUCUGGACGCAGCCCAGGCUCUGCAGAGCUACCUGAGCUGCACUAUGACGCAGGGUCAGGAGUGUGCGGACAGGGCUGGAGAUGAGGUGUGUGAGGUGGCCAGGGCUCUGUGUGAGGUGCGGUCUUCAGCCUCCUGCCUCCACCAGCUCAACAGGGCCCUACAGCAGCUGUUGACAUCACUGGCCCUCUCUCUCAGAGGAAAAGCUGAUGACGCCAGCAUCGCCACCGUCCAAUCAUCCUCCAGGGUGAUCGAUGACCUCAUCAGCGGGCUGCCGAGGCAAGCGUCCAAUAAGAGCGGAGGGGCGGGUCUCCUUCUGCCUUGCGUCCAGAGCAUCAUGGUCGCCCGUGACGACGUCCACUCAACUCUGCAGUCAUUGGCUGCCCUGUUCAACAAGCGCAGAGGCAGUGGCAACCGCAGCAGUGGCAGGGCGAGGGAGUCAGGGGGCAGCCAGCGUGGAAGUGGCCGCGAGAGAGACUCUGUUGGCAGCAAGGGCAGCAGCUCCAGGAGGUCGGCUGAGGAGGGCGAUGCUAGCCUGGGUAGCAGCUCCUCUCACGCCUCCCUGUCCCUCCCGCCCAAGAGCAGGACGGUGCCCAAGAUCGUCUACACUCUCUCCGGCCCCGUUCCCCUGUCCGUGCCUGCCGCGGCCUCUGCUUCGGGCUCCGAGGGUGUCCAGUGGGUGUGAGGCCACAGAGGGGUGCCUGGACAUUCGUGUGUGUGUGUGUGUGUGUGUGUGUGUGUUGUGUACAUAUGAUGUAAUAGGAAAAAGUGAUUAACAAGCGUGGCGUUGCCUACCUACCUGUACAUGAGGGAAAGCUCCGUUAUUUAAAUGCACUACUCCUCUCCCCUCACUGAAGGUCUCGGCUGUACCUAAUACUAGGAAUCCAUGCUUUUGUUAAAGGUUUUCAGGUUGUACUAUUUGUUUGGGUUUUUUGUUUUUCCCAGUGCAGGAUUGAGAUUAUAACGUGCACAUUUGCAGUACUAAAGAUGUACAGUCGAGUUGUGUGUUUUGGAAUUUGGAAUAGUUGGUAUUUGUGUAUUUUGGAAAAUAUAAUAAAUUAGAAGGCUUGUUUGUAUAAAAAAUAAAAAUGUAUUUUUGCACUUGACCUGAUGGACACAUCAUACUACUGUCACCAUUCUACACAUUGUCCUUUUAUGCGUUUAUAUAUAAAGAAAAUAAUGUCUUCCGUUUGGUAAAGAAAAAAAGUCAUUGAUUUCACAAAUCAUGUAAUGCUGAUGUGUUAUUAAUGUUGCAUCAAAUCCAUGUGCAUGUGUUCUGUCUCAUAUUACAGUAUUUGUUUUCCAUGUCUUUAUUUUUUAAAACCAUAAACAAAGAUGAACAUCCAAUGUUCAUUUGCAAUUGAAUCGUCAAAACAAUAAAACAUUUAAAAUAUA